UCUCUCUCUGACCUGUAAUAAGUGAACUCUGAGCUCAUGUGUUUGUGACUCUUCACCUCUGUCUCCUCUCACAGGGAGAAGAUGAUCUGCAGCAUCCUGCUGCUCAUCAUCCUGACCUCCUGUGUCUCUGGAACAUUUGUAGUGAAUGUGACCCAGACCUCCUAUCAGGCAGAGGAGAACCACGACAUCACACUGGAGUGGACCUUCACAACCAACCCUCACAGUUCCUCCAACUAUCUUUCUAUCUUCUGUGAACUGUUAAAUAAUCUCAGACCAUCAGUCCUGUUUUAUCUCCAUGAAGGAGUUGAGGUCCCAGAGUCUCAGGAUGAACAGUUUGCAGGACGAGUCCAGUGGGACAAAGACGUCCUCAGAGAAGGACAACUCAGACUUCAUGUGUCCAGACUCAGGACUGAAGACUCGGGGCAGUAUGUGUGUAAAGUGUUCACAAGUAAUGAGAGUAGCUCUGGUAAAUGUUGGCUCCAUGUCACUGCAGCGAGGGAUCGGCCUGAACCUGAGACACCAAACACAACAAGUCCACCACAAAAGGAGAGUCGGGGAAGGAUCGGACUUUACUGUGGACUGACAGCAGCUCUGCUGACUGGUUGUUUCUGUUUUUUCAGACUCUUUCUGUCUAGAAAUCAAGAUUUCUACUCAGAGAAAAGUUACAGUUCUGCAGGUGGAUCAGUGGAAACAGUUUAAUCAACAACUAUAAUGAGACAAAACUGGUAGAAUCCAGUUCCAUACCACAGAGCCCC